ACCUUUGGUACCAAAAUUUGCUUCUGAUUUUCUUGUAAUUUUAUUUUUAUUUUUUAACCUUCUCUCUCUCUCUCUCUCUCUCUCUCUCUCACAGUGGAUAGCCUCUGAAACCCUAACGAAACCCUAAAUUCCAUUUGGCUCUCGAUGCAAUAACUUCCCAAUUUCACAUUCACUAUAACUGUGCAGCAUUAGGUUAAUGCAAUGGAUAUGUCAGAUGCAGUAAUUGUCAAAUCAACGCGAUUAAAAUCGGUGGUAUGGAAUGACUUUGAUAGGAUUAAAAAAGGUGAUACUUGUGUGGCUGUUUGUAGGCAUUGCAAAAAGAAACUCAGUGGAUCAAGUACUAGCGGAACAUCACAUUUGAGGAAUCACUUAAUUAGGUGUCAAAGAAGAUCUUCACAUGGCAUAACUCAAUUAUAUGCUGCAAGAGAAAAGAAAAAGGAAGGAACUCUUAGCCUUACAAAUUUCAAUUUAGAUCAAGAACAGAAGAAGGAUGAAGUCCUUAACCUUGUGAACAUAAGGUUUGAGCAGGACCAGAUGAAAGAAGAAAACAUUAAUUAUGUGAAUACUAACUUUGAUCAAAGGCGAAGUAGAUUUGAUCUUGCUCGUAUGAUCAUUCUACAUGGCUACCCAUUGGCUAUGGUUGAGCAUGUUGGAUUCAAAGUGUUUGUCAAAAAUCUACAGCCAUUGUUUGAGCUUGUCACGAGUGAGAGAGUUGAGGCUGACUGUAUGGAAAUCUACAUGAAAGAGAAACAAAAGGUUAAUGAAGUGUUGGAUAAAUUGCCUGGCAAAAUCUGCCUUAGUGCUGACAUGUGGGCUACUGUGGACAAUGCUGAGUACUUGUGCUUAACGGCAAACUACAUUGAUGAAUCAUGGCGGCUAAAUAAGAAGAUAUUAAAUUUUAUUAGGGUUGAUCCUUCUCAUACAGAAGACAUGCAUUCAGAAGUUAUCAUGACUUGCCUAAUGGAUUGGGAUAUUGACCGAAAAUUGUUUUCGAUGACAUUUGAUAAUGGUUCUGCCAAUGACAACAUUGUUGCUAGAAUCAGAGAUCGGCUGUCACAAAAUAGAUUCCUCUACUGUGAGGGUCAGCUUUUUGAUGUACGCUGUGCUGUUAGCGUACUGGUAGUGUUGGCUCAGGAUGUAUUAGCAGCACUGAGUGAGGUUGUCCAUAAGGUUAGAGAAAGCAUUCGGUAUGUAAAAAGCUCACAAUCGGUACAAUCAAAGUUUAGUGACAUAGCUCAAGAACUUGGAAUUCAGAGUCAGAAAUCCUUAUGCCUGGAUAAUCCGUUGCGUUGGGACUCAACAUAUGUCAUGCUUGAAACUGCCUUAGAGUACCGGGAGGCAUUUUCUGCUUUGCAAGAAAGUGAUCCUCUAUACAGCAUGUGCCCAUCCGAUGUAGAGUGGGACAGAACUAAUAUCAUCAAUGGCUAUUUGAAGCUCUUUGUGGAGGUUACUAAUGUUUUCACAAGAAACAAGUUGGCAACUGCAAAUGUGUAUUUUCCCGAGAUCUGUGAUGUAUACUUGCAGCUGAAUGAAUGGUGCAAGAAUUCAGAUGACUACAUUAGUUCCUUAGCAUCAAGGAUGAAAAGCAAAUUUGAAGAAUAUUGGGAGAGAUGUAGCUUGGGUUUAGCUGUUGCAGCAAUUCUAGAUCCUCGAUUCAAGAUGAAACUGGUUGAGUAUUACUAUAAACAUAUUUACGAUAAUAGCGCUCCAAACCGCAUCGAUGAUGUUUUUGAGUCUGUCAAGGCACUUUACAAUGAACACUCCAUAUGCUUAGCUUCUCUUGAUCAAGGACUGGCAUGGCAAGUGGGUGGUAGUGCUGGCUGCUUACCUAGUUCCGGAAGGGACUCUAGGGAUAGGCUGAUGGGUUUCGACAAAUUUCUCCAUGAAACUUCUCAGAGUGAAGGAUCAAAGUCAGACUUGGACAAGUAUUUGGAGGAACCUCUGUUUCCUCGAAAUGCAGAAUUCAACAUACUGAAUUGGUGGAAAGUUCAUACUCCUAGGUAUCCAAUACUAUCAAUGAUGGCCCGAAAUGUGUUGGGAAUUCCCAUGUCAAAAGUUGUAUCAGAUUCAGCAUUCAAUACUGGAGCAAGAGUGAUUGAUCGUGAUUGGAGUUCACUCAACCCGGUCACCAUCCAAGCUUUGAUGUGUGCACAGGACUGGAUAAGGAGUGAAUUGGAAAGUUGACCUGUUUUUAUACUUUUUAUUUAUUUAUUUUUGUUGAGAUUCUGCUUAUUUUUUGCUGUUACUUUUUGGUUUUUCAUUGUUCUCUGGCUAGUUAGGAUUGUGAUGAAAAUUAUGGCAUCAGAGUAUACUGUUUCUUAUUUACCCAAAAAAAAAAAAAAAAAAAAAUGUGUAUAGUAUUUCUUCUCAGUUCCUGUUA